UACCACCACCUAGAAGUGGUAGUGGCUCAACUUAUGGUGCUCCUUGUGGCCAAAAUUUUACUACAGUUAAUCAGACCACCAUUGGCUCUUUUCCUAUAAAGGGUAAUGUUACACUUGACAUGCUUCAUGCUACAAAUGGUACUUUGUUAUUUUAUUAUUCUACCGAUGGCAUUAAUUUCGUUACUCAAGUAACAGAGUCAAAGAAAUAUUCUCUCAAUGCUGCAGAAAAUAUAACAAUUUUUGUUGAUCUGUCCAAAGCUGGCGCAACUGUUGGAAGUCGAGGCGUUCUUCAAGCAGUUUAUUAUGAGGGUAAUGAUACUUCUCCAACCAAUACAACAUUGUACGACUGUGCUGAUAUUGACAUCACUGCAGAAGGAACUUCUCCCUCUGGACCUAGUGGAAGUCAAAAAAAUGCUGUAAUAUCAUAA